AUGAUGGCCACGAAGCUCGCUUCACGGCACAGAAAGAUGCAAAAAUCAAAGAGGCACGAUGCCGGACAGUUCCAGCAAACCUUUGUAGCAGCCCUCGUCAGGGUCGAAGAGAUCUCUGCUUGGGUGGCCAAAAGGGUGGAGGAGCAUCACCAGCAAAGCUCCGAUGCCAGCCACAGGCUCACCAGCCGGGUGGAGGACCUUGAACAGAAAUAUGCCGCGCGCGUGCGGGAGGCGAAGAGUGCCAUGGAGUUCUUGAAGGAGCCCAGCAGCGGAGCAGCCUCAGACAUUGUCGUCUCAGCCUGGAGUGAUGAUGCCCAACGGCGUGCUCUUCAUCUGCGGCAGGAGGCAGAGGAGCUAAAGAGGAAGCUCCAGCAUGCAGAGGCGCGCGCAGGGUGUGACGAACAAUGGUUGGUGCGACAGAUCGCAGCCGAAACGCAGCGAGGACGACAGGAGCUGGAGAGAAGGUUUGAGGAGACCAGCAAAGAACUCAAAACAGAGCACGUGCAGGUCAUGGAGCAGCUGCGUUCACAGCGUGAAGAGCGGCUGAACGAGCUACGGCGGACCUUAGAUGAGGAAAGGCUUCGGGCAACAGCACAGGCAGAAGAGGCGUUGGCAGAUGCAGUCAAGAGACAGGAGCUCAGUUUUCAGGUGGAGCGUGAGAAUCUGGAAGCAGCUCAGGAGCGUCAAAGUACCUCCCUCAAUGAGGCGCGACAGGAAGUGGAACUGGCGAAAGGGCAGUGUCAAGAGCGUCAGAGAGUUCUGGAUGAGAUGUCCCGCGAGUUGCAAGAACGCAAACGCCAUGGUCAGAUGAUGUCCAAAGAGGCUGACCUGGCGCAUGGCCGGAAGCUCCGCCAGGAGACCGACAGCCGUGAGCUGCGCCGGAGGAAGGUCGCCCUGGAGCGGAGCUUGGGCCUCAAAGCCUCCUACACCCACGAGAGCGCCACUGAGGAGUCGUGGGGCAUCCCAGUGGAUUCAUGGAAAGCAUUGAAAAGGAUUACGUACAUUUGUAGAUAUCAUAUAUAUAUAUAUGUAUACGAUUUUGAUAUGAUUUGA